UCAAAUAACCACUUAGCUCUUCUUCAGAGCUUUUACUAUCGACGAAACAAGUCCAGCUACGUACAGAACGCAGAGAUCUAGUCUUCGGAUUGCCAAUGAAACGACAAUAAUCUUUACAACUUGACAAUAGCCUAUCUUUCUUAGAGCUCGGAGGACUGUUAAUCUGUUCAGCAGCUCGGUCAUACAUAUUUUCAUAUUUUUUCAAAAAAAAUAUUUCCAAAUUACAAACAAGAUUUCCAAGUUCUUCUUCAAGUUGCGAAUAGCGCGAUGGGAUCAUACUAGGUUCACAUCCUGGAGCACCUGUUUCAUAUAAUUUAUCGAUAUUAUAAAAAAGAUCAUUUUUUUCCAUAUAGCGUUUCGUUAACGCAUACGAUUGUCACAGGUUUAUAAUUAAACAAAUACUAACCCUCAGUAUCCUGUAUAUUUUCCCAACGGAUCAUGGCUUCGCGUAAUGAUUUAUAAAGUUGCCGUCUUUUCGGACAACACCAUAGUCGACUUUUAACAUCCAAUCGUGCCCUUUCUUUAUGAUUAAGUUCACUCCAGUUUAAAAAAAGUUGUUUCAAUGGUGGUGCUAUAAUAACAUAUAAUUAUUUAUAGGUUAAUUUAUCGAUAAUAUGUGUUUUUAAUUUAUCAAAAAUUAUAAAUACCUUGCGGUAUUAAGUCAAAUAUAACUUCACAUAUUUCUUCGAAAAUUGAUUCGUCGACCUCUUUCCUGGCGCGUCGCCUAAAAUCCAUAAUUUAAUUUACAAUCGUGGAUUUUAUUUUACAAUUGUAUAAAGUAUAACAAAUCGAUAAGAAUGCAAAUGAAUAUCGAUUGUUCUUUUGUCAGUAGAUGUACAUACAUGUAUCUACGCGUAUACUUGCUCAGAUAUAGUUUUUAAAGGAAUCAUUUGAAAAUUGCAAAACCCACGAAUAUUUUAUUAAAAAUAAUAAUUAGUUAAUAUCGAAGAUCGUUUUAAAUAGCAUUUUAAUUUCUCGAAGAAACAGCAAUAUACUUGAUCGUUCGAUUACCCGCUCCUUUUUUGUAUUUGUUACCACUAUUUCUUUUAAGGUGGCGCGUUAAUCGCCAACUAUAUGACAAUCGCGCCAAUUCGAAAUUUGAAUCUUUAUUAAUAUGGCUACGAGUCGAACGACUUUACGUCCGGAUUUACAAGCAUUACUCGAUAAUUUUACAAAUCUCAAAAACGUAUACUUAGCGCUAAAAACGUUCUGCAAUAUUCAGGAUGAGCUAUUGCAAUAUGAGAAAGCUAAAUCUUUCAAAAUGGAAGAAGAAAUGAAAAAAAUGACAAAGACAUUUUCAUCUUUGGAGGAACAACGUAAAAAAUCUAUAGAAGAAAUACGAAAGGAAAAAGAAGAAUUAAAAACGGCUUUGCUUGAAUCCCGACAGGAAUGCAAUCAUCUUCGACUCGUUUACGUCGAUCGUAAUAUCGAAGAUGAGCAAAUUUGUAGAUUACAGGAUGAGCUCGAAGUAUUGAAAGCUGAAUUGAUAUUACAAGAGGAAAGACACAAAGAAGAGAUUGUUAAACUCGAAAGGCAGUAUAUAGAAGAAUUACAAAAAUACAAAACAUUAUUGGAAUCGAGACAACAGUAUCAAAGUAAAAAACAAAAGCAUCCAGCGAUCGACAACAUGUCGAACCAACCAUCGGCAAUUAUUAAAACUAAGAAUAGAAAGAAAAAAGAAAAACCAUCUUUCAGGUGGCCUGGAUUAAAUAUAUCGAAAAUGCCAAAAGUUAUUGUUACUGAUAUAGAGAACAAAGAUGAUAUAGACGAAGAUACAUCGGCAACUACCAAAAGGAAAAAAAGACUUUAUUAUGAAGAUAAAGAUGCGAUAAUUGAUAUAUAAUAUUCACAUUUGCAUACACACACACACACACA